AUGCGUCUCUAUAUCACCUCCAUCGCCUUGCUCAUGACCUCGGUCUUCAGUAUCGCCUCUGCCCAAGACAGCCAGAUGACGUACGGCAUCUGCACGUGCUUCACCCCAAAGUUUGACGCCUCGUGCUGCAUGUUUGCCAACGGCUUCAUGAUGAACGACAACAACGUGUGCGAUACACCUGACACCAAGGACUCCGUCACAAAGUUUGAAUCCUGUUGCUCCCGCUCCGGCGGCCGAUCCAAAUGCAAGUAUGGUUACCGCGACCCCAAGCACUGGCCCCCAGCGGACACGUACGGCUGCAAGGCUUAA